AGAGAAGGGGAAUUGGGGCGGUUGAUGGGAUUAUAAUUUCUUUAAAAGGAGGGGAGGUGAGAUGCCAUGGCCGUCCCAGCCAAGAAGAGGAAGAUGAACUUCUCUGAGCGGGAGGUGGAGAUCAUCGUGGAGGAGCUGGAGCUCAAGAAGCACCUGCUGGUGAACCACUUCAACGCCGGAGUCCCUCUGGCUGCCAAGAGCGCGGCCUGGCAGGGCAUCCUGAGAAGGGUCAACGCCGUGGCCACCUGCCGCAGGGAGCUGCCCGAGGUCAAGAAGAAGUGGUCGGACCUCAAGACCGAGGUCCGUCGCAAGGUUGCCCAGGUCCGGGCUGCCGUGGAGGGUGGCGAGGCCCCGGGGCCCACUGAGGAGGAUGGAACCGGUGGGCCUGCGAUAGGCGGUGGCAGCGGCAGCGGUGGCCCAGCUGUAGCUCCUGUGCUGCUGACCCCCAUGCAGCAACGCAUCUGCAACCUGCUAGGGGAGGCCACCAUCAUCAGCCUGCCCACUGCCACAGAGAUCCACCCCGUGACCCUCGGACCUACGGCCACUGCAGCCGCAGCCACGGUCACCCUGACACAGAUCCCCACAGAGACCACCUACCACACGCUGGAGGAGGGGGUGGUGGAGUACUGCACGGCUGAGGCCCCCCCGCCCCUGCCAACCGAGGCCCCUGUGGAGAUGAUGGCCCAGCCCGCAGACACGUCCGUCAAGCCACAAGCGCUCAAGAGCCGCAUCGCCCUGAACUCCGCCAAGCUGAUACAGGAGCAGCGGGUCACUAAUCUGCAUGUGAAGGAGAUCGCUCAGCACCUGGAACAGCAGAAUGACCUGCUGCAGAUGAUCCGCCGCUCACAGGAGGUGCAGGCCUGUGCCCAGGAGCGCCAGGCCCAGGCCAUGGAGGGUACCCAGGCAGCCCUGAGUGUCCUCAUCCAGGUUCUCCGGCCCAUGAUCAAAGAUUUCCGCCGCUACCUGCAGAGCAACACACCCACCCCAGCCCCCACCUCUGACCCUGGACAGGUGGCCCAGAAUGGGCAGCCAGACAGCAUCAUCCAGUGAGGGCAGGAGUCAAGCCAGCCUUCUGCCAUGAUUGGAUGAAACCUCUGUGGUCUUACUUGCCGUGAUGACCGAGGCCCUUGCAUCUGCUCAGAUCGUUUCCCAAGUUUGCCGUUUUGUUGCCGGUGCCUUGGCCACAUGUGACCGAUGGUUACAACUGGAGGCUCCAGAACUCAGCAAACAAGUGAAGAUGCUGCCCUUCUGGCAUGUACAUUAAAAAUUGCUGAGCUCCACUACUGCGAUCACAGGAAGAUGCCCCCGAAGCUGGUUGGGAAGUGACCACCAUACCAUCAACAUCUUGGUGGAGGAGGCAUGUGCACGGUGCCAGCUACAGAUAGGUGGAGAGGGAUCAGGCCCAGCAAGGGAGUUGGGUGGUAGAAGGAAAGCAGCAGCCCCUGGCAGCUUGGGCAUCCUCACUGUGGAGCCCAAUGGCCCCAGCAGGUAGCUGCAGGGACUCCCUAAGGAUUUUCAACUUGGUUUGGUUUGAUUUCUCUCUGGGGUUGGAAAUCUGAAGCAAUAUUGUGUCUGUUCCAUUUGGUUAUAAAGAGGAAGCUGGAUCACUUAAACUGACUAGUUCUUACUAGGUCAUAAUUUUAAAUUAAAGAAAUAUCACUUUUUUAUAUACA